AUGAAGUUAAAUAUCGACGUCAAUAACUACUCCACUUCAAAACCAAAACCACUAGCUUUGAUUUCUCUAUCUAUUUAUGCAUUUAAAAACAGUGAACAAAAGCCUCUUAGCAUCUCCAUGGAAAUGCCCAAACUCCCUCCCACCAUAAUUUCUCUAGCUUGUUUCUUUUUGCUACUCUUCACCACCAUCAACCAAUCACUUUCCGCCCGUACCAUUGUCGGUUCAACACCACCGCCACAACCGCCGCCACGAACCCGCCAUCGCCGCCACCACAAAACCAUGACUUUCUACAUGCCAAUUGUGCAAAGUUCCAACCUACAACAUCCACCAACUACACCGCCAAAGACUAAAGCCAACAGCCAGCCAAUUCCCUUCUCGAAACCUUUAGGGCUUUUUCCACCAGUGGGAGGAAUCCCAGUUUCCGAUUCCAACUCCAUCCCAAACCAAUCAUUCGGCUUGUCUGGGGAUGGAAGCGGGAUAAGCUUUUCAGACGCAGCUAUUCUUCAGGAAGAAUUGGAGUUUGGCAUGGUCAACGUAAUUGAUGUUGAUUUAUUAGGAAGCACGGAUCUUUACGGGUUGAUAACAUUGGGAAAAGCGAAAGGAAUGUACGUUGCUAGCUUGGAAAACGGAAGUAGUCAGAUGAUGGCGAUGACAACCAGUUUUCUUGAAAACGAGUUUAGAGAUGAAUUAAGGUUUUUUGGAGUGCAUCGAGCUGAUGUAAAUACAGAGUCUCAUGUCGCAAUCAUUGGGGGUACAGGGAAAUAUGACGGUGCCAAUGGAUACGCAAUAAUAAAAGUUGUUACAUUAAACACGAAAAUUGUAAAGGAAGAUGGAGAAUCAGAUAUUUUUCUUUUGGUAGAUGUUUACCUAGGUUGA